AUGCUACGAGCGGAAUAUUACCGAGAAGGAUCAUCGAUAGUACUCAGUACGUGGCUGGUGGCAAAAGAGGAAACUCGAAACGGCAAGCCGCCCCCGGCAAAACGCGGUCACGCUGGCCAUAGCCAAUCUGCAACUAUUCUCAGGCCUGGGAGCGACGACCACACUGCCGCCAGUUUAUCUCAACAGACACUCAACCGAGACAGCUCUCGAAACAUCAUCAUGAGUCGCAGAAACAACGUACGUGGGCCGACGUCGGCGCUCACGGAAUUUCUCCGCGAGUCGGGCAUCACGCCUACCACAAUUGCCCGUCGUACUAGGACUCAACAACAAGAUGCCCAACAAAAUGACGUCGCGGGACCGAGCAACGCUGUGCAGACUGAGGAUGCAAACGAACCGGUGGGAGAGCAAGCGGAUGAGGCGAGUGAGGAGAAAGGAUUUGAUUCGGAUAAUCUAGAUGAAGAAGACGUGAAAGAGCCACCUUCCAAGAAACGCAAGAUGUCAAAGGCGGCUGAGGCUAAAACCAAGGCCAAGGCGAAAGAGCUGGCGAAGAAGAAGGCGAAGAAAGGAGACGACGAAGAUGACGAAGACUCGGACCGUGAUCCGUACACGGCUCUGUCAAAGAUGUGGAAGGGAGAUCUGCCCAAGCCUCCUGUCGGGAAUUUUGAGGAGUGUGCCAAGUGCCACAAGCAGUUCACGGUGACGAAAUACACUAUUGCUGCGAGCCCACCUCCGGGAUGGCUAUGCCACCUUUGUAUCAAAGCAUCUGGUACUGAUCCAUUCAAGAAGCCGACUGUGCCUAGGAAGCGGAAGACGCCAGCCGACAAACGAGUAGUCAUAUCAUUUGAAGAGAAGCGCUUCCCGAGUUUGGCAUCACUGUGCAUUGAGUUGAUCAGUGAACAUAUUAACGACGUCGAAGCUCUGGGCGACAUUGGAAAAAUCAAUUUGGAUGAGAUAGCCAAAGCUAUUUCUAAAAACAGGAGCUUGACCCCGCAAAACGUACCUCUGUUUUAUGACGUCCAGAAUACUGAAUUAACCUUAUACGACGCUACGAACUUACCGCCACCAGCUUUUUGCACCCUUGCCUCCUUAAACCCAAAUCUGACUAAUCUUCGCUUGGAUCUCUGCGGUCGUCUGGACGAUAGCGUCAUGAAGACAUGGUCGUCGGCCCUGCCCAACCUCAAGCGCCUAGAACUUCUCGGCCCUUUUCUCGUCCGAGCACCCGCCUGGCGUGAUUUCUUCAGAGCUCAUCCCAAGCUGGAAGGUUUCUUGAUUAUACAAAGUCCACGUUUUGAUCUGGAAUGCAUGCAAGUGCUAGUCGAGAGCUGUCCUGGAUUGAAUGAGCUGCGAUUGAAAGAGAUUGGCAAGAUGGAAGACACAUUCUUAGAACCCAUCAAGACACUAGCAGGAAAGUUGGCUUCCCUGGAAAUCUCAUACCCAGGAAAUAAAGAAGAGUUGAGCGAGAAGGCCCUGAUCGAUCUCAUUAGCAUGGUGGGUGGGUCACUGACGCAUCUUGAUCUGUCGGGGAAUGUCGACGUUGGCGAUGCACUCUUAUUCAAGGGGCUCAAGCCCCAUCUGCGACAGCUGAGCUCUCUUGUGCUGUCGGAUACUCCAGAAAUCACAGACGCAGGAGUGACCGAGUUCUUUGAAACCUGGGAUGCCGCCGCAGCAAAAGAGGGACGUCAACCGAAUCCGCCGCUCACCAUUGUAGACUUUUCGCGCAAUCAUCUUCUCGCGGGGGAUGCGUUGCGCGCGCUGCUAGAGCACUCGGGCUCAACGCUGACACACCUCAACAUCAAUGGUUGGAAGACGGUGUCCCAAGAAGCGCUUGCGAGUAUCGCGGGGCAUGCGCCUCAUAUUACCAAGCUCGAUAUUGGGUUCUGUUGCGAAGUGGACGACUGGGUCAUCAAAUCGCUGAUGGAGCAAUGUAAUCGUCUUCAGGAAAUCAAAGUUUGGGGAUGUCAGAGGCUGACGGAUAGCUGCCCCCGUAAGGUUCGACGCAAGCCCCUGUCACAUGUGGACGGUUCUGGUACGAGACUUAUUGAUCGAUAUGACUUCGGCUACAUAUAUUCCCACUUUGCCUUGUCGUUUGAUUCGGUACUACUCUAUUUCCCGUUGUCUAUUCUGACCACAGAUCUUAAACCUGUCCGGGUACAAAUCGAAGAGAGACUUGCAGCAACGCAGAUGCUUCACACGAAAAUGCAGAGGGAGCCGUUUGACUCGGCUUCUGUACGGGAUCCUCCCAAAUUUAUUAGUUAUGGGAUGGUGAACAUGUGUAUCUCCAGUUUACUCGACGCGCCACUAGAUACCGGCAAGCGGCGGAUAGAGGCGGAACAGGUGAAGAAAGUAGAGACGAUUGGUUCCAUUCUCAAGCUUUCGGGAGAUAGAGAUCCUGAGGAGAAGAGAUUGUUAUUUGGUGCGACGGACAAAGCUCGCAAAAGGCCAGUGUAUUCGUUCCUAGCUGCUCGUCUCGGUUUAUUACGUCGCGCAGAUGUCUGUCGAAAUCAUACUGCUACAACGAACGUCAAAAGCCUACGUGGCCAUCACGCAAGGAUGGGCGUCAACUUGACGCGGUGGACCGUGUCCGCUCAUCCAGAGAUCGAGAUAUAA